UCUCUCUGCUUUAUAAACCCUAAGAGAUUCUCUUCUUCUCUCUCUCUCACACCAAAUUUGCAUUUUCGUGAUCAUCAUCAUCCACCUUUUUUUCUCUCUUUCUGCAUUUUGUCCCCAGCUGCGAUUAAAAUCCUGAAUAUUUGAGGGAAAAAAAAAAAACAGAGUUCAAUCUCAGAUUCAGCAGCAGUUUAGCUUGAAUCAAAAAUAAUCGUAACUGCUCGAUCAUAAGAUGGAGGAAGCAACUCAAGUAGCAAACUCCGAGGUCCCUGUAGUGAAAGGUGAUACUGAUGACCUUAAGACAGUUGAUGUUUCCGUCAAGGCUGUGAAUGGAGAAGUUCCAAAAGAAGAGAAGGAAGAGGAAGAUGGGGAAUUUAUAAAGGUUGAGAAGGAAGCUUUUGAUGCCAAGGAUGAUGCCAAGAAAGCAGAGCAUGUUCCUGUUGAAGAGCAAAAGGAAGUUUCAAUUGAAAGAAGCUCGAGUGGUUCACAAAGAGAACUACAUGAAUCACAAGAAAAAGCGAAAGAACUAGAGCUCGAGUUGGAAAGAGUAGCAGGGGAACUAAAACGGUAUGAAUCUGAGAAUACCCAGUUGAAGGAUGAGCUUUUGUCUGCCAAAGAGAAAUUAGACGAAACGGAAAAGAAGCACGGCGAGCUCGAAGUUGUCCAAAAGAAGCAGCAAGAGAAAAUUGUUGCAGGGGAAGAGAGACACAACUCACAGUUAAAGUCCUUAGAAGAGGCUUUGCAGUCGCAUGAUGCCAAAGAUAAGGAACUAACUGAAGUUAAGGAAGCUUCUGAUGCGUUGGGUAUAGAACUCGAGAGCUCCAGAAAGAAGUUGAUAGAGUUGGAGGAGGGGCUAAAACGAUCAGCUGAAGAGGCUCAGAAAUUUGAAGAGCUGCAUAAGCAAAGCGCUUCUCAUGCUGACUCUGAGACGCAGAAGGCUUCGGAAUUUGCAGCGCUUCUUGAAUCGACAAAACAAAGUGCCAAGGAAAUGGAGGAAAAAAUGGCAUCCCUGCAACAAGAAAUCAAGGAGCUGAAUGAUAAGAUAUCUGAAAACGAAAAGGUUGAAGCGGCCUUAAAGAGUAGUGCGGGAGAAUUAGCUGCGGUGCAAGAGGAAUUGGCACUUUCAAAAUCUCGUUUGUUGGAGUCAGAACAAAAGGUUUCUUCCACAGAAACCCUCAUUGAUGAACUGACUAAGGAACUUGAGCUGAAGAAAGCUUCCGAAUCUCGGUUCAAGGAAGAGUUAUCUGUUCUCCAGGAUUUGGAUGUUCAGAUCAAAGAUCUUCAGGCUAAACUCUCCGAACAGGAAGGUAUUAAUUUAAAGCUUGCGGAAGAACUCAAGGAGAAGGAACUGCUGGAGUCAUUAUCUAAAGACCAAGACGAGAAGCUGAGAACUGCAGAUGAGAAGUUUGCUGAAGUGUUGAAAGAAAAAGAAGCGCUUGAAGCAAAUGUAGCAGAGGUCACGAGUAAUGCAGCAAAAGUAAAAGAGGUCUGCAAUGAACUAGAAGAGAAACUGAAGACGUCAGAUGAGAAUUUCUCCAAAACAGAUGCUCUUCUGUCUCAAGCUUUGUCAAACAAAUCUGAACUUGAACAGAAACUGAAAUCGCUGGAGGAGCUUCAUAAUGAAGCUGGAUCUGUAGCAGCAGCUGCUACCCAGAAGAAUCUUGAGUUAGAGGAUGCUGUUCGGUCCUCUAGUCAAGCAGCAGAAGAAGCCAAAUCACAGAUAAAAGAGCUGGAGGCACAGUUCACUGCAGCUGAACAAAAGAACGUGGAGCUUGAGCAGCAACUGAACGUAUUGCAGCUGAAAAACAGUGAUACAGAACGGGAGUUAAAAGAAUUCUCUGUGAAAGCAUCGGAACUAAAAACUGCUAUUGAAGCUGUCGAGGAAGAGAAGAAACAGGUGACCAGUCAGAUGCAGGAAUACCAAGAAAAAGCAUCUGGAUUGGAAUCAUCGCUGAACCAACUAUCAGCCAGAAAUUCAGAGCUUGAAGAAGAUUUGAAAAUCGCUUUGCAGAAGGGCGCAGAGCAUGAAGACCGUGCUAAUACGACACACCAGCGCAGCAUUGAACUAGAAGGUCUGUGUCAAACAUCACAGUCAAAACAUGAAGACGCAGAAGGAAGAUUGAAAGAUUUAGAGCUUCUACUCCAGACAGAAAAAUACAGAAUUCAGGAACUUGAGGAGCAGGUUAGCUCGCUGGAGAAGAAGUGUGGAGAAACUGAAGCAGAUUCCAAAAGUUACGUGAGUCAGGUGGCUGAGCUUCAAUCCACGCUAGAGGCAUUUCAAGUGAAAAGUUCGAGUCUUGAAGCUGCGUUAAACAUUGCAACUGAGACCGAGAAAGAACUGACAGAAAAUCUAAACACUGUUAUAGGUGAGAAAAAGAAAUUAGAAGAUACAGUAAAUGAGCUCAACGUGAAGGUCAGUGAGUCUGAUAAUCUAUUAGAAGGCCUCAGGAGUGAAAUGAAUGUCACACAAGGAAAGUUGGAGAGUAUUGAAAAUGAUCUGAAAACUUCUGGCUUACGGGAAAGCGAAGUAAUGGAGAAACUGAAGUCUGCUGAAGAG